GAAUUAUAAGUUUUUGAACGUGAAGUACCUGCUGUAGUGUAUUGAUUCACUGAUCUGCUUUCGUGUUUAUAAUACGCCCAAAUUCUUUAAGUUUCCACAUAUUUAAUCAAUUUAGACACCAUGAGUAGUUCAGGGGAACAAUUAACCCUUGCUAGGGACAUAAAACGAGCUAUAGAAUUGCUCGAGAAACUUCAACAGAGUGGUGAAGUACCUGCUACGAAGCUUGCAGCGUUACAGAAAGUGCUACAGAGUGAUUUCUUAAAUGCUGUUCGUGAAGUGUACGAGCAUGUCUAUGAGACAGUUGACAUCCAAGGCUCAGCUGACAUUAGGGCUUCCGCGACAGCCAAGGCCACGGUGGCCGCGUUCGCUGCAGCUGAAGGUCAUGCUCACCCAAGAGUAGUCGAACUGCCGAAGACGGAAGAAGGUUUAGGUUUCAACGUAAUGGGUGGGAAGGAACAAAAUUCACCCAUUUACAUAUCACGAAUUAUUCCUGGCGGUGUUGCUGACCGUCACGGAGGCCUCAAGAGGGGCGACCAGCUGUUAUCUGUAAAUGGCGUGUCCGUCGAAGGUGAAAACCACGAGAAAGCUGUAGAAUUGUUGAAGCAAGCAGUUGGCUCAGUCAAAUUGGUGGUGCGGUACACUCCCAAGGUCUUAGAAGAGAUGGAAAUGAGAUUUGACAAGCAGAGGACGGCUAGACGACGCACUAAUUACAACUAAACAUAUUAUUAGCCAAAACAAUCAGGCUAUGAAGCUAUGAUAAAGAUUUUGAGUUUGACAAUGGUGCCAAUAAGGCUACUGGCACAUUAGACUGUAUAGUCACAGGAUAAUAACAAACUUAAAUGUGAAAAAUAAUAUAAAUGAAAGAUAUUAAAAUGGUGUAGCAUAGUGUUGGUAAAAAGAGAUGGUAUCUGGUACUGUUAGGAUAAUAUAUCCAAUAAUUUUAUGUAUAAUAAAUAAAUCACAAAAAUAAAACCAAAUGCAUCACUAUUCAGCUUAAUAAUUUCACAUUUUAUGAAAUUAGAUUCAGCAUUUAAUAUAUCUGGCUGUAUGUGCUAAACAGCUUUCACAGAUUAAGCAAAUAAAAAAAAACUGAGGACCUCCUUCUUUUUUUGAAGUUGAUGAAAAGCCCUAUUCUCUAUUUUCAAUAGACACUUCUAUUAAAUGUAUUUGUCUAUGAGUGCAUGUGAUGGCUACUACACUUAAGAUAUGAUCAAAUGUGCAACUGUUACCUAUUUAUACUCAUAUUUAAAAAAGAGACUUAAGGGGUAAAUAUAAUGAAUAUACAUGAUAAUUUCACUUAUUAUUGUGUUGAUGUAUUUAUUAGGAAUAGACACUGGGUAUUCAACUCAUUUAAUGUUUUAAUUAACAUUAUAGAUGUACCUACUUAAUUGAUGAAUUUAUUAUUAAUUAUGGUAUGAGUAAUAUGUAAAAGAAAAAUUGUUAUGAAUUUAUUUAAAGUUGUCAGUAUUUUAGGAGGUAUAAAUAAAAAUAAAUAAAUAUUACAAUUAAA